AUGAAUUCAAUAGGGUUUUUGAUGCCGCAAAAACUAGGAUUUAAUGAAUCUGAUGUUUCAGAGGUGUCACCAUGCAAGCGUUUUGUACAUUACAAGAAAAUCUUGGGAAGAGGGGCAUUCAAAGACGUCUAUGGAGGUUUCGACCGGGUUAGUAAUACGGAAAUUGCGUGGUGUCAAAUUUGUAUUGAAGAUGAAAAUACGAUGAAGUCUUCGUCUAACGAAGAAAAAUUGUGUUUCGAGGCUGUUUUAUUGAAGUCAUUGAAUCACAAAAACAUCAUGAAGUGUUUCUCAUAUUGGGUGGAUAAGAAGAACAAUACUAUUAAUUUGAUUACCGAAUUGUUCAGUUCAGGGAGUUUAAGGUACUACAGACAAAGAAACGGCAAUAUUGAUGCGCAAACAAUCAAGAACUGGGGGAGACAGAUUUUACAGGGGUUGCAGUAUCUUCACGAACAAAACCCGCGUAUUAUUCAUCGCGAUUUGAAGGGCGACAACAUCUUUAUCGACAUUACUACUGGAGAAGUAAAAAUUGGAGAUUUCGGUUUAGCAACUUUUAUGCAAGAAGGCCCCCUUUGCACUGUUGUUGGAACACCAGAAUACAUGGCACCAGAAUAUUAUGAUGAGGAGUAUAAUGAGUUAGUUGAUAUCUAUGCUUUUGGCAUGUGUUUACUGGAAUUAGCCACUUCUGAACAUCCCUACAGUGAAUGCACAAAUCCAGCACAAAUUUUCAAGAAAGUCACUGCUGGUAUACAGCCUCUUGCUCUUGGUAAAGUUAAGGAUCCUGAGGUGAAGGAGAUUAUAGAAAAAUGCCUAGUUUCUGCAUCCAUUAGGCCAUCAGCUGUAGACCUCUUGAACGAUCCAUUCUUCUCGUCCAAAAAUCCGAUGGAAAUCGAAAUGGAACGCGAUAAUGAAGCACAAUUAAAUAACUCUUCCCUGAUAAGCACUUCUGAUUCUGCUUUAUCAGUUGAACAGGGAAUGGUACAAUCACCCAUGGCUUUCACAGUUGACUCAAUAAGCAGCUUAUUUGCAGUUGGAAAGCAGUUUCAAUACUCUGGAUCGAAGAAUAAUCUUGAAAAGGUUUUAAGAGCAUCCUCCUCCGUUUAUGAAUCUUCCACAAGUGAGGUGUCCAUGAAUUCAAAGGUUACCUUCGCCUCUUCCUCUGGAGAAGUACACGGUGAUCCCGGCUUUUGUAUAUCUAGACUUACCCUGUCAGGAAAAACACUAGAAGGAGAGUAG